AUGCUGACGUGGAGCAACAAUAAGGUUUCCGGUAAAAACUCGCAUGGUGGUGGUGUUGGUUGUGGAGGUAGUGGUGGAUGUGGAGGUUUUGAAGGAGGUGGUGGUGGUGGAGGUGAAGGUGGAGUUGGUGGUGGUGGAGGUGAAGGUGGAGUUGGUGGUGGUGGUUGUGGUGGUAGUGGUGAUGGUGGUGGUGGUGGUGGUUGUGGUGGAGGUGGUGAAGGUGGAGUUGGUGGUGGUGGAGUUGGUGGUGGUGGUGGUGGUGGCGGUGGCGAUGGUGGUGGUUGUGGAGGUAGUGAAUGUGGUGGUGUAAGUGGUGGAGUUGGAUGUGGAAGUGGAGGUGGUGUUAUUUUUUAA